AUGAUCAAAGGGCCUUGUGCCACGGCGGAGCUAGCGGCCUUGAAAUACGUCGCUGAGCACACAUCAGUUCCUGUGCCUAAAGUAAUCAACGCCCACUAUUACGAUGAUGGUAUCUAUAUUGAAAUGGAAUAUGUCCGUGGAAUGAGCCUCGAGGCAGCAUGGUAUCGCGGUCAUCUGUCGCAAGACCAGAAGAAAUACAUCAUCACCGAGGUUGCGGGCUACAUCCGUCAACUUCGGAAACUAGAACCUCCGCGAGAAGGGAUAGUUGCAUCGGCAAGCUUCAACGAGGCCCUGGAUCACCGAGUUGGAUCUUAUACUUUUGGGCCGUUUACGAGUCAUAAAGGGUUCCACUCAUACCUUCGAGCGAACGUUCCGAUUGAGGACUGCAACGAAGUAAUCGGGCCAGAGGUCACCAAAUGCCACUCCCGUCGCUAUCGAAGCUGCUUCACCCACGCAGAUAUUGCCCCUCGGAAUAUCAUGGUGGACAAUGGGAAGGUCUCUGCGAUCGUUGAUUGGCAAUUUGGCGGCUGGUACCCAGAAUAUUGGGAGUAUACUAAGGCACAUUACGGUCAGAUAGAUCGGCCAGAGUGGUAUGAUGGAUUGGAAAGUGCUAUGGAGAGAUAUGACGACGAGCUCAAAGCGGAACAAACUCUCUGGAGGCGACUGGACGAGCCACAACUUCUCUGGCGAGGGAGAGAGCAUAUGAUUCCGGAUCUCAGCCUUUCGUGA